GUCAGACAGAUGGACAGGAGAGUCACAGGCUAAAUCCAAGUCAUCCAAGAAUUUUCCCUUCAACACGUAACUCAUUCACCGCCGAGGGGGAGGGAGGGCUAAAGGAAUCCCAGCUUUGCUCCAUUAACAGCCAAACAGAGGGAGGGAAGAAAUAAAUAAAGAAAGAGAAGGAGGCAAAAGUUAUGAGUCACAAAGCGAGAUGGGAGGAGAGAGAGGGAUGAGGGAGGAGGGAGGGAGGUAUAAUUAUGGUAGGAGGCUGCCAGUGCGAGAGAGAGAGAGAGAGAGAGUCCAGCCCACUCCGGUAAAACCAUUCAACUGGUGAGCGAGGGAAGGCAUUCAACACAGAGAGAGAGAGAGAGAGGAAAAGAGGUAAAAAAAAGAGAGAGGGAGGAACUCCUUCGUCUGGGAUAACUUAGUCAAACUGCCUCUUUAACACACACACACACUCUGAACACACACUCUGCAGCGGCUUCACCCCGGGAACAAGGAUCCUCCUGCACGCCAGAGUUUUCCUUCUCCGCUUUUCCAUCAUCCAUUCAUCACAUCCGAGAGUUUUUUCUUCUUCUUCUUGUUUUGUUUUCUUCUUUCUUUCUUUCUUGUGACGCCUCCACAUUUUCCAGCCAUCUGUCCCUGACAAAAAAGAUAAGGAUUACUCAUUUUCUCUCUCGGCGUUGUGUUUUUUCUUUUUCUCUCUUUUUUUGUCCUCGUCUCCCUCUCGUUUCUUUACAGCUUUUUUUUUCCCCUCCGUUUUUUCGCAGGUGGACUGUGAGCUGAGCUGAACUUUGCAGCUUCCAAACUUCUGAGGAGAGAACGAGACACACAGAGAGAGAGAGAGAGAGAGAGGAGAAAGACAAAGACAAUAAGAAAGAGAGAAGGCAGAGGAAGCAUCACUAAAUCUGACCCAGCAGCCAAUCAGGCAACUCCUGCCACCAUGUCUGUCUUACCUCUGCUGAGCUGGACCGUCCUGCUCCUGGUCCAGAGCUGCGGCUCCUCCUCAGACCCGGCGUCCAGACCUCUGUCACUGACCGUCCACCCUCACCACCAGCCGCUGCCGGACGUCGCCUCCAGCUCCCACUGCCCCUCCUGCGCCCUGGCCAGGAUGAGGAGAAACGAAGGGGACGCGGACGACGUGGCGGGACACGACCGGGAGGAGGAGGCUCAGCAGGACGUGGUGGAGGCGGUGAAGAGGCACAUCCUCAACAUGCUGCACCUCCAGGCCCGGCCCAACAUCACCCGGCCCGUGCCACGCGCCGCGCUCCUCAACGCCCUGCGCAAGCUCCACGUGGGGCGAGUGGCAGAGGACGGCAGCGUGCAGAUCGAGGGGGAGGAGGAGACGCGAGGGCGGGGAGGCCGGGGAGAAGGAGGGGGAGGAGCAGUGGCGGCUCGUGUGGCAGACAGCGGCGACGCGCAGGAGACGACGGAGAUCAUCACCUUCGCCGAGGCUG